AUGGGGGGAGAGAGUGGAGGGGAGGGGUGGUGCUGCUGGGCCCUCGUCGCCGUUCCGCGUUGGCGUUGGCGGUGGUGGGCGCCGUCGCGUAUCGUCGUGCUCGCGUGUCGUUGUCGUUGUCGUUGUCGUCGUUGUCGUUGUCGUGUGUCGUCGUCGUCGCGUCGUCGUUCGUCGUGCUCGCAUGUCAUCGUGCUCGCGUGUCGUCGUUCUCGCACGUCGUUGUCGUCCUCGCACGUAGUGUUUGAAAGUCCGGUUCGGUCCGGUUUUUUGAUGCCCAGGGGCGUUAACCGUAACCGUAACCGGUCUGCCUUUUCCCCAGAAGUCAAAAGACCAGACCGGACCGCAAAAAGACCGCAGACCGCGGUUUUUUGCGGUCUAUAG